CCCGAAUGUCACGAUCAUCGAAAAUAAAAGCAGCCGCACACGAACAGGCCCAAUUGUAAACAUUUGAAUGUAACGUCAUUGUUUCGCCAGAGAUAAUGUUGCUUGAAAGUGGAACAUGACGAGCGUCCCUGACAUGCGGAUCUCCAUGGCCACCGCGCCUCACGAGACAGGCUACUAUUUCGCACAGCAACUCGUCUUCAACGGUCUCUCUGAUGUAGGGUAUACUGGUCUCCAACCCCGUCCCGAUGUCCCCGGUUCAAGCAUUGUCCAUGCUGUUUUCUCCAGUUUCGUGCCCGGAACUACGAGCACCGACCCAGACUGCCACGAUGGCGCAGACGGCGGUGCAUGUGUCAGCUGCGCUGUGGAAAUCCCAGCACCAUACGCUCCACUCUAUAACCUCAUGGUCAAGAACACAGGCGGCACCACCUCGACGGCAACCCUGGUCGACAGCGCGAGCGGCAAGUCGACACAUGUGGGCUCGUACACAUUGCCGAGUGGUGCUGGAGGAAUCAAAAGCAGCCAGGUUGGGUUCAUAGAGUAUUAUCCGUGGAACGCCAUGCCGAGCCAUCUCCGUAGCUCGCUCCUUUAUGCAAAUGUGACUUUUGGAGCGCCUACGACGAGCACUCCGGGGCCGGGAUCGGGUCAGGUGCACAACCCUUAUGAGUAUGGAGAUUGCGUUGGAAAGGUGAACUUUGAUGUCCGGACGACAGAUCAGGGAUAUCACGUGUCAGUUGGCUUCUAGAAAAGAUAUUCCUUUGUUAGAGAUCGAGAGAUCAGCGUUCACUUUUGUUCGAAUCCAUCAUUAACCAG